UACUGACACUUCUGAGUUCUUAUCAGAGAAAACGACACACUGUGAUUCAAUUCUUGCACAGAGACGAAGAUUAUAGAGAAUGACCACCAUUCGAGAGGUGCGCUGUGAUGAUCUUCUUGAAUUAACCCCUCUGACGAUCGGUCAGACAGUUAUGGCACCUUUGAGAGAUUUAAUGUCCAUCAUUACGGAAUUCCCUGAGUACUCUCUUGUUUGUGUAUCUCCUGGCAAUCGAAUUACUGGUUACGUUGCUGCAUAUAAUACAGGAGAAGGUGCCGAAAGGCAUUGCGCUAUAAAUGAGAUACAUUACCUGAGAGCAGAAAUGUUUCUGAUGUUAAUGAAAGCAAUUGAGGAGAGGGCUGAGGAGCAUAAGGUAUUUUAUGUGGAAGUAGAUUUGCUCUCGGAAUACGACGAAGUGUUCGUUGGAAUGGGGUAUACUCGCCAUAGGGAAUAUUUUGAUGUCAUUGGGGGAGAGCUAGUAAAUAAGAGUAUACUCAGGAAAAAUUUGUCAGGUGGAGACUUGCAUCUCUAAACAAAAUUACAGCAGAAGUAUGACAAGUCUGGUGCAGCAGAAGCUACAACAAUCAGUGGCAUCUAAAACUGGAUUCUCGGUGCCUUCUUCUACUAGUCUUUCAAAUGGGAUUUGUGUCAAUAAUACGCAUAAACUUUAAAUAGCGACAGUGGUAUACAAUAAACAUGAUAAAUAGUACGUCAAGGUGAAA